CACUACCCAGGCGGAGGCGUCAGAAUGCGGGCACCACAGCUCGCACCCCUCCCGACUCAUCUGUAGCCUAGUGUACCGUAUCAACUCCUUCUCCUGCUCAGGGCACGGAGCGUAAGUUACAGGGACCAAGGAGCCGAGCUUUGCGGUAAUAUGCAAUAUACGCACCUUUAUUGCGGCGGAUUUAAACGUUUCAUUUCAAGGAGUGACCGAGCCGUAUAACAGGAACCAAAAGAGGACGUUUUAGAAAUCAACAAGCCGUCCUGUUCCAACCAGAUCAGCAUCCGGCCUCCCGAGGAAGCGAGUUCUGGAGGUCGGCACCAAACGUCGUUCAUCAUCUCUGGAGGUCCGAUCAUGGAGAAGAUGAAGCGCUUCCGGAGGCGUCUGUCCCUGACCCUGCGGCCCAGCCAGUCAGUGGACGAGUCGCUGUCCGAGCUGGCCGAGCAGCUGACCAUCGAAGACAGCGUCUCCAAGGACAGCGAGCCCAUCGUGCGUAACGGCCGGCCCCCCACCUCCCACAGCAUGCAGUCCUUCCUGCACCAGUACACCUCCAGCUCCUUCAAGAAGCCCCCCCUGCGGCGGCCCCACAGCGUCAUCGGGGGCAGCCUGGGCUCCUUCAUGGCCAUGCCGCGCAACGGCAGCCGCCUGGACAUCGUCCAUGAGAACCUGAAGAUGGGUUCUGACGGGGAGAGCGACCAGGCGUCGGGCACCUCCUCCGACGAGGUGCAGUCCCCCACGGGGGUGUGUCUGCGCAACCGCAUCCACCGCCGCAUCUCCAUGGAGGACCUGAACAAGCGGCUCUCCCUGCCGGCUGAUAUCCGUAUCCCAGACGGCUACCUGGAGAAGCUGCAGCUCAGCAGCCCCGGCUUCGACCAGCCCCUCAGCCGCCGCUCCCGCAGAGCCUCCCUGUCUGAGAUCGGCUUCGGCAAGUUGGAGACGUACAUCAAACUGGACAAACUGGGCGAGGGUACCUACGCCACGGUGUUUAAGGGGCGCAGUAAGCUGACUGACAACCUGGUCGCGCUGAAGGAGAUCCGGCUGGAGCACGAGGAGGGGGCGCCCUGCACGGCCAUCAGAGAGGUGUCGUUAUUGAAGGAUCUGAAACAUGCUAAUAUCGUCACGUUACAUGACAUCAUCCACACGGACAAAAGCCUCACCCUCGUCUUUGAGUACCUGGAUAAGGAUCUGAAGCAGUACAUGGACGACUGUGGCAACAUCAUGAGCAUGCACAAUGUGAAGAUCUUCCUGUACCAGAUCCUACGAGGUCUGGCCUACUGCCACAAGCGGAAGGUCCUCCACCGAGACCUGAAGCCCCAGAACCUCCUCAUCAACGAGAAGGGCGAGCUCAAGCUGGCCGACUUCGGCCUGGCCCGGGCCAAGUCAGUGCCCACGAAGACGUACUCCAACGAGGUGGUGACGCUGUGGUACCGCCCCCCCGACGUCCUGCUGGGCUCCUCCGAGUACUCCACGCAGAUAGACAUGUGGGGCGUGGGGUGCAUAUUGUACGAGAUGGCGGCGGGUCGGCCCCUGUUCCCCGGCUCCACCGUAGACGACGAGCUGCACCUGAUCUUCAGGUUACUGGGCACACCGACCGAGGAGAACUGGGCAGGGAUCACGAGCCUAGAAGAGUUCAAGUCCUACAAGUUCCCCAAAUACAAACCACAGCCCUUCAUCAACCACGCACCCAGACUGGAUACAGAAGGCAUCGAGUUGCUGUUGUCGUUUUUAAAAUUUGAGUCCAAGAAGAGGAUCUCGGCGGAGGAGGCCAUGAAGCACGGCUACUUCAGGAGCCUCGGCCUCCGAGUCCCCACACUGCAUGAGAGUAUAUCGAUAUUCACGCUCAAAGAGAUUCAGCUGCAACGAGACCCUGGAUAUAGGAGCUCUUCCUACCCAGACUCUAGCAACGGAAAGAUCAACAGGAGACAGAGCAUGCUCUUCUAGAUCAUCGACCCGACCAGAGGAAGAGGAUAGUGGCACCCCACUUCCACAUGCACGUGCACACACACACACACACACACACACACAGUCACACACACACACAAAUCUUUCACCCUUCCCUGGCACACAGGAAGAGAGAAUGACUGGAGUGGAACCAGGGAAAGUGUUCAAAUUGCAGUUGUGUGUGUACGUAGAUCUGUGUAAAUUUGUGUGUGUGUGUGUGUGUGUGUGUGCGUGUGUGUGUGUGUGUGUGUGUGUGUGCAUGCAUGCGAAGGGGUGUUUUUGCUGCUAAACUACUACUGUAUGUAUUUUACAUGCCGUGUGUGUGUGCCUGUGUGUGUGUGUGUGUGUGUGUGUGUGUGUGUGUGUGUGUGUGUGCGCCUGUGUUUGUGCCUGCCUGCCUGUGUGUGUGUGUGUGUGUGUGUGUGUGUGUGUGUGUGUGUGUGUGUGUGUGUGUGUGUGUGUGUGGACAUGAUGUGAACCAGAGUCGUGGCGGUCUACAGCCGGCAGGUCGAUGCAGAUAUUUUAUUGUUGUUCACUUUGAUUCUCUAAGGUUAUUUUGUUUUGUUCUAAUGGUUAAAUUAUGGACUCAAGUCGUGGAAACGUCAACGCAACGUUUUUCCUAAUGCUCUCGUCGUGCUCGCCCUCGUGUUUGGGGAUCGAACGCCUUUUGGUUCGGUCCCUACUUUAGAUAUUUAAAAAACGUAUAUUAUGCAUUUCUUUGGCGAGUCGGGGCGCAAAAAACGACUUUGAUUCCCAUGACGCGUGACUCGUGUGGAAAACAUUCCGAACCGGGACAAGGACCCGAAUCCCCCUCUGACCUUCCAUCCCUCCUCCAGAACAUUCCGCCACUGCUCCAUCCCGACCCCCCAGGGACUCUGCUCUCUUCUGGGGGUUCGGGACCGCAGU